CUUCUCGGGGCGGAGUUUUCUAUUCUACUUAACGUGAAGUGGUGCAGGAUCUCCAGAUCGAACACAUCGCACCGCCUUCUGGAAGGAUUGCAUUCCCGGCAGCGGAGCACCUCGAUGGAAAACGGGAAUAUUUAGGCAUUUACUUGGGAAACUCACAGCAUUCAGUGCCUUUCUCCUGCCCCGUCAUUGAUGGGAAAUCAACUGGAUCGGAUCACCCACCUGAACUACAGCGAGCUGCCCACAGGGGACCCUUCGGGGAUAGAGAAGGACGAGCUGAGGGUCGGAGUAGCGUAUUUUUUCUCGGAUGAAGAGGAGGAGCUGGAGGAUAGAUCGCAGUCGGACAGUUACAAAGAUCAGAGCCCUGCCAAGGAGGGUCCCGUCGCUCCCAAGGAGAUCGAGUACUCUGCCUUCUGCUGCCAGGAAUGCAUUUUCUCCAAAUUGCGAGAGAACGAAGAUCUGAAUAUUUACUCCAUAAAAACUUUGCUCGCCAUGUGCAGGCCCGGAGAUCUGCUGGAGCUGGUCACCAGCGACCAACCUCCGCACUGGGCGGUGUAUGAAAGGAACGAUCAGGUCAUACACCUGUACAGGGGGGAAAUCCGAAAGGACAGCUUGUUUGAGAUUAGCAAUGGGCGGCUGGGUAGGAUAGUUAAUAGCCGGUACAGAUAUAGACCGCUGCCCGCCGAUCUGGUGAUGCAGAACGCCAGCAGCCACUUGGGACUCGGCAGCGGGGAGAUCUGCUGGACGAACUCGGAAAGUUUCGCCGCCUGGUGUCGGUUUGGCAAGCGGGAGUUCAAAGCCGGAGGGGAGGUACACGCAUCCGAACAGAGGUAUUUCCUAAAGGUGCACCUUUCGGAGAGCAACGUGCACACGCUCAUGUUUCACAGUCUGGAGGAUUUAAUCAGGGAGCGGCGCAAGGUGGACGCUAGUGGAAUCUUGAAGGAGCUGUCCUUGGUCAACGGGAAGGAGUGAUCCAGCUCCUGUCAUAACGUGCCCCACCCCCUCAAAAAAACACAAACAAACAAAAAAACGGAAACGGACCUGUUGGGACCUGCAUGCCUUGUUCAAGGGCAGCUCUUCAAUUUAUUUCGGGUUUUAACUGUAUUCCAGGAAAGGAAAAAAAUAUAUGAAUGUCCAUUAUUUGUAUGGGUGACCAUCAUUCGUCAUACCGAUGUCAUAAAAAAAUACCUUUAAAACUCACACGGCACACAUCUCGCCAAAUACAGUACUGUCUGUUUUUCAGCUCUGCGUACCGUACAUGCGACGGAUGGUGAUCGUUUUGCCGCUGUCCGGGUUUUGUUUUGCGUGCAGGCAUUUUUUCCCCAUUUUGUCAGUCUUGCCAUAUAGUCACCCACAUCGUUCGACUAAAUGUAACUACCGGAUCAGUGUUUUUUGUUCAUAUUAAAUAAGACCAUCCCUUUUGCGCUGCGCAAUCUGCCAACCGCCCGGUUUGUGCCAUUGUUGAUUUAACCUUUUUGGUUCUUGUGUUAUUAUUUGAUUUUCGUAUUUGACUAAUAUACCUUGUUUCAUUUUUGAAUAAACGUCGGCUGCGACAUCGAUCAGA